GUGAUAUGUCUCUCAAGAAGUCAAUGCUUGCAGGAUUGUACCCUGAACGCUGUUUCGUAAUUAUCGGCUUUGAAAUUUGGGACUUCCGCGUUCCCAUGCAACAUCUGGACCAAAUAGGGGGCAACAAUAGUGAAAGAUUUUUUUCACACAUCCGGGAGUCGCUCGGUAUAAGAGCUGGUUUAUCCUAUCCCAGGACCUCCAGACUGGUCUUUCCUGUGACAUUCAAUAUCUGGAGUUUUCUUGGCCAACAUCAUCAUGCAGUUCACAUCGCUUGUAUUUCUCUGUGGUAUUGUGACUCUCGUGUCGGCCCACUUCCAACUUCAGUUUCCUCCUCCCAGAGGACCUUUCGUAGAGGAUGAUGAGCCGACGUUCUGCGACGGCUACGCUACCGCUGUCAGCAAUCGUUCACAGUUCCCGUUGAACAGUGGCUUCAUUUCUAUCGUCAGCGAACACCCGAGCUUCACAGUCGGACUCCUGCUGUCGACCGCCCAGAACCCAAACAAUUUCGCUAACUUCUCGCAGGCUGUUCAGUUCUUCCAAGCGGAAGGUGAAGGACCAUUUUGCUUCCCCAUUCAACUUGCCGCCGCCGGCAUCAGCGGUGUGAGCGAUGGCACGAACGCUACCUUACAAGUAGUCUUUGACGGCGGCGAUGGAAAGCUCUAUCAAUGCUCGGAUGUCGUCUUGAGCAGCAGCGCUACUAUCGCUUCAGACGUGUCUUGCACCAAUUCCACGGGUAGCACUACGACCUCCUCUGGUUCUUCGACUGGCACUUCUUCAAGUGCGCCUGCACCCACUGGAACCGGUGCUUCGGGCUCCGGUGCUGUUGCCAACUCUGCCGUUGGAAUUACUGCUUUGCUGAGCCUUGUGGGAGCUUUUGCCGCAAUGCUCUAGUCAUAGGAAGAAUAGACGAUCUUAGUGUGCAUAUGUAGAUGGAUGUAAUAAUAUUUGCGUACAAGUUUUACUACGAACAAAGAGCGACUUCUGACUUC